CCAUGUGUGUGCUGUGUUGCUCUCCUUUCCAAAGAAGAGGACCACAGUGCUUUGUCAGUGUCACUGCAUUCACUGUUUGAGAGCUACUUCAGUGUGGCCUAAUGCAAGAGUCUUCUCCACUCUUGUGUUGAGCUGAGCUUGUAGUUUGGUGCUUGAGGUCCCGAGGAUCUGAGCUGUGGUGCUUCUAUUUCUUUCUUUCGCAAGUUCUUUGGCAUUGGCUCCAUGUGAUUGAUGAGCUGAGCUUGAGCUCACUCCACCACUGCACAGCGAGCGGGUCAGCAGCAUCGGCGGAGCAGAUCUCUCCGGGAGAUUCAGCAAUGGAGCAGCAGCCCUGCUGCUACUUCCCGCUGCGGUGGGAGAGCACCGGCGACCAGUGGUGGUACGCCUCGCCGAUCGACUGGGCGGCGGCGGACGGCCACUACGACAUCGUCCGGCAGCUGCUGCACCUCGACCCGAACCUCCUCAUCAAGCUCACCUCACUCCGCCGGAUCCGCCGGCUCGAGGCGCUCUGGGACGACGACGCGCGCUUCGCCGGCGCGGCGGGGCACCGCGCGGGCGUCGCCCGGAGCCUGCUGAUGGAGUGCGAGUGCAAGAACGGUUCCGAGAACACGCUGCUCCGCGCGGGCUACGGCGGGUGGCUGCUGUACUCGGCGGCGUCGGCUGGGGACAUGGCGUUCGUCCAGGAGCUCAUGGACAGGGAUCCCUUGCUUGUCUUCGGCGAGGGCGAGUACGGCGUUACGGACAUGUUCUACGCCGCCGCGAGGGGAGGGAACGCCGAGGUGUUCAGGCUGCUGCUGGACCACGCCAUGUCGCCGAGGUGCUCGACGAAUUGCGCCAACGGGGAAGGCGCGCAAGGUCGCGGCGGUGGUCGCUCCUCGGUAUUCCGGCUGGAGAUGAUGAGCAGGGCAGUCCACGCCGCCGCGAGAGGCGGCAGCGUGGAGAUGCUGAGGGUGCUCAUCGAGCGCCGCUCCGACGUGUCGGAGUAUGUCGACUUCCGUGGAUCGACCGUGCUGCAUGCUGCUGCAGGAAGAGGGCAGCUGGAGGUUGUCAAAUACCUUAUGGCCACUUUCGACAUUAUCGAUUCGACUGAUAAUCAAGGGAACACGGCAUUACAUGUAGCGGCCUAUCGAGGUCAUCUGCCUGUAGUAGAGGCAUUGGUUGCUGCAUCUCCAUCAACCAUGUCAGCUGUCAACAGAGCUGGUGAUACUUUCCUCCAUUCAGCAAUUGCAGGAUUUAGAACCCCAGGCUUCCGAAGGCUUGACCGCCAAAUGGAACUUAUGAGGCACCUCAUACGUGAAAGAACAGCAGAUAUCCAGAAGAUCAUCAACCUGAGGAAUGAUGCUGGCCUUACUGUCCUUCACAUGGCUGUGGUUGGCUGUGUUCAUCCAGACCUCGUCGAACUCCUGAUGACCACACCAUCAAUCGACCUCAAUGCUGAAGAUGCCAAUGGCAUGACCCCGCUUGCACUACUGAAACAGCAGCUGCGAUCGUCAACGUCCGACAAACUGAUCAAGCAAAUAGUUUCUGCAGGAGGGGUGCUGAAUUCAAGUGUUCUGCGAACUCGGUCGGCGAUCGUUUCGCAGAUAAAGAUGCAAGGAGGGAUUGCAAGCAGCCCUGGUACAACUUUUAAGAUAUCAGAUGCAGAGAUCUUCCUCUACUCCGGGGUCGGAACCGCCGAGUCCCGGAGGCCGAGCUCAUGCUCUAGCAAUGGCAAGUGUGACCAUGCCCAUCAUGGAGAUGCAAAAUGUGCAAAUGAGGAAAACCAUGGAUCUUCAGAGAAGAGGCUGAGCUCUGCCAGCCGGGCCAAGGACCGUCUCAAGCUGAUGCUGAAAUGGCCUCGCCAGAAGAUGUCCAGGGCGCACAAGAAGUCCGACGAUGGCAGCGGCGCCAUGGAUUCCAUCAAGAAGCUGAGCGAGCAGGCCGUCGAGACCCCUGCCCCGCUCAGGCAAGCCUUCACCAAGACGACGGCGCUGAACAACAAGCGGACGCUCGCGGUGAAGACCUCAACCCCUGGCUCGGCCGCCACCAAGAAGAAGCUCAACAGCAAGCUCAUCCACGGCAUCAUGGAGGCCAUGCCACACCUGGCGUCGCCGUCACCGGCGGCCGCCUUCCCGAAAUCCUCCACGCCACAGCCGCCGCCGCGGUCCGGCAAGAUGAAGGGCGUCUGCCUGGAACUGGACGACGAGAACUCGACGACGACGACGCCGGUGUUCGGCAAGCUGAAGGACAUCGUGCUGGACAGCAACGACGACGAUGGCAUGGACGAGCCGUCGAGCUCGGGCUCGUCCAUGAACGACGACGGGUCGGCGGAGAUGCCGGCGCGGAGGCACGGGUGCGGCAACGGGAGGCUGAUCAACAUCUGCUUCGGCGCGCAGGGCCUCACCGUGGAGGACUCGGCCAGCGGGCAGCAGACCAGCAAGCUGUUCAAGCAGCAGUGCCUCCGGGUGUCCUGAUUCACUCCCCCUACACGCUCUCGCCUCUCUUUUGGAUUUGUAUGGAAGCUUGCAGUUCAACCAAACAACACGUUUUCUGGAGGUUGAACUCGUCGCUUGGUGAAUUUUUUUGUGUAUCCUAGCGUGGCUUGCUCGAUUUCUGGGUGUGCUUGUGUUUAACGGAUGCUGUUGAUGAUGAAAUAUAUUUGGUGAAUGUGAUCAGCUUGGU